ACAUUUGACUUGCGUUAUGAGUCCUAUGAGCACACGUUGUUAAAAGGUUCUUAUUGUAAUUUAUGUAUGGAUUGAAAACAAACAACAACAACAAAAAAACAAAAACAAAUCAAUUUUAAACAACUACACUAUCCGCGUGCCGCAAUUUCAUGGGACAAUUGAACAAAUCACUGAACAACUGAAAGUACCAGCAAAUUUUGCAUUUGAUGCAGUGAACAAAGAGGAAGGCUGCUAAGAUGGAUUAUAUCUAUACUUUGCACCAGGAGGUGGGACGGGGCAGCUACGGAGUGGUGUUCAAGGGACGUGUGUCAGAGACAGGCUGGUGGGGCGAGAGGGGGGACACCGUGGCCAUUAAACGUCUACCAUGCUGUAGCCCUGAAAGUAUAGAGCUAUACCUGCAGGAACUCUGGGCUAUGAGAAUCACUGCACGAAACCACCCCAAUGUCAUUGCUCUGUACAACUGCCACUUACAGACUGGGCCAAGGACACUCCAGCCCCUGAGAUCAGGGAGGCUGCCUUUGGACCUGGUAGAGAGCACUCUCAAAGGGAGAGUGGUAGACAAAGACUCGAAAAGCCAAACGAGGAUUCCUUCCAGGUCAAAGAGGAGACUGAUUUCCACAGAGGAGAUCCCCAGGCGCUGCUUUGCCCUUUGGUUGGUGAUGGAGUACUGUGAGGGAGGGGAUUUGAACCAGUACAUUCUCUCCAGGCCGCUGGAUGCUGAGUGCAACCAUGUGGUAGUUCAGCAGCUCAGCAGAGCCAUUGCGUUCCUGCACGGAUGUGGAAUAGUGCACCGUGAUAUAAAGCCAGAUAAUGUUCUUGUCUGUCUUAGUAAAGCAGGACCAGUCAUCAAGGUGGCAGACUUUGGCCUUAGCAAAAUGGUGGACAAUCCUACUGAUGGUGUCCGGACUAGAUUGGCUCUUUCCUCUACCUGUGGGUCAGACUUCUACAUGGCUCCAGAAGUGUGGGCAGGCCGUAGUUAUACAGCCCAGGCUGACAUCUUCUCUCUGGGUGUGCUUUUCUGGGCCGUACUCGAGAGAAUCACUUUCUUGGAGGAUGGCAGCAAUCAAGAACAACUGGGUGCAUAUGUAAUGCGCGGCCGCUGGCUCACUCCGUUAGGUGAGGCACUGUGCCAGAAUCCUGACCUACAAUUAAUCAUCCCUAUGAGGGCACGACGUGCUCUGCCACUGCCGCCACCUCCAAACCCUGCACUGUGCACCCUACUGCUGGACAUGCUAGCUUCUGACCCCGAUGUCCGGCCCACCGCAGACCAGCUGGAGAAGAGAGUCUGCUGUGCCAUAGAGCUGCGCUGAUCUCGGAGCAGCAUACUAGCACAAGCGAUCAAACCACACUGUUUUACAAGAUAAAGCCAAUUAAAGCUGAUGUGUGUAAUCUUUUUUCUCUUCUUUGUAUCCCAUCUUAAGUAGCAGAGUUGAUUGUAAGUAAACCAUUCAAUUUGGCUAUGUGGCACAUUAAAACAUUAUUUUUGUCAUGUGGCCCAUCUAGCCUGACCCAGCAACUUUCAAAGACGGGGAGUUUUCUAGAAUCUGUUUAAAGAAAAUAUAUAUAUAUAUAUUUUUUUUUUAGCAAUUCUGUUUUGUGACUCAUGGAGUUGAUGAAAUUACACACUUCAGCUUUAAAGUCCUACAACAGUUCUGGUCCUGUACAUUUAGUUUGACAUUUACAGACUUUUAGAUUAGAAAUAUUCAUGUGUUUAGUGCUGCAGAUCUGUUAACAUAUGAUGAUAUAUGAAUUGUACAACCAUGCCGACUCAAUUAGCAUAGGGUUUGUGAUAUUCCACCUGACCUACAAAGGAGUCUUUGCUGUA